AUGCCGGCACCCACGAGCAUCCUUUCAUCCCCCUUCGAGUCGAGAAACACCUCCCGGAACGUCUCUCGCGACGCCUCCCGCCACGGGCCCGGAGGGGGAGGGCACUCGGCCUCGGGGCUGGCCACGUACGCCGAAGACCAGGAGGAGUCGAAGCACCCCGACGGUGACGGCGAUGUUGCGGCGGCGGCGGUGGCUACCUCCGCCGCGCAAUCGGCGGCGGCGGCGGCGGCGGCGAUGGCGGCCGCUUGGUCGGGCGGCAUGGCCUCCAUCACACCGGUGAGCACGAACGCCGCGACAACAACGACCACGGGUUCGGUAACAACAGCAACAACGACAACGGCGGCGACGGCGGCGGCGACGGCGGUGACCGGGGGUAUGGAGCAGGCAUCGGCGGCAGUAAUGACACCGGAGGUGGUGCUCUCCGUCCCCGCCAACCGGCAAGAACAAGCCGCCGCGGCGCCGCGCGAUGGGGUUGCCGUAGCGACGGCGGUAGCGGUCGGGGUGAGGGCGGUGGAGGACGGUGAGGGCGAGGCCGAGGAGGCCUCCAGGGCGGGGGCGCGGAGCCGGCAGCGGCCGCCGCCGCCGCCUGGAACCGGCGUCCACGCCGACCCGUCUAGCCACCAGCACAAGCGGCCGGUGCAAAGCGCCAAGGACCAGAACCCUCUGGCGCUGCCGUGGUUCACGGGGAAGCACACGAGCCCGUGCUCCGUCUGUGAGGACCUCUGGAGGGUGGCCUGGAGCGCGCGGGAAGACUUCCUGAGGGACCUUGGGAGAGCCGAGGGGCAGAAGGGUUACAACCUCGUGGCCAGUUCCGGCGACAACUUGAGGCUCUACGCAGCGGCGAACAUGUUCUGGGGGGGGCAGGCGAUCCGCCUUCGCGUUGAGAUGGAGGUGGCGGUCCCGCUAGGGUUUGCUAUGCGUUGGCUGGCGUCGCUGACGGCGAGGGGGGGGGUGUACUACCCCUACAGCGACACCGUCCCCUGUGACAUGGUGGAGUCGAGCAACGGCGCGCUCAGCGUCGCGUGCUCGCACUGGACGACCAACCUCUCGGGGACAAGGCGGUGCACGCUGCUGCGAUACGUGUCCGAGGACGGGUCUCCACCACCAGGCGUUGCGGACGACCCCUCCUUGGCCGGCAAGCCACGGGACUCCCGCCCCACGAUCGUGUUCACGACCAUCGAGCACCCCAUCAUGCGGGAGUGGGCGCUGGCAGGGGUGGACGUGGAGGUGUUCCCUUCUGGUCUUGUGCUUGAGGAGAUGGAGUCUCCGGCGGGGCCCGUGACAAGGGUUCAUGGGCUGAUAGGGUGGGACAACAAGGGGACUCUGCAGCACAUGGCCAAGAUGAGCUACAUGACGGAGAGAGCGGACCGGUUGGAGGGACUCGGGCAACACCUGAGGGCCAUGGAGCGGGGGUAUCUGGAGCAGCAGGCCGGAAACGGUGACUCGUCGGUCCUGGGGCCCACGGACCCCCCACCGAAGCAGCAAUCCGCGAGGCCCCCCAGUACCCCCAUCAGCCGGGGACCCGGCUUCCCCGCUGUUCGGCGUCGGUCGACCGGCGGCCGCUUCGAAACCGCCACCGCCGCCGGCAAGGCAUGGAGCGGGGGAGGCGGCGGGACCCCUUCCCGUUCGGGGGGGGCGGCGGGGACGCUGUUGAGCGCAUCCCCGGGUUCUCCGCCGACGAAUUUAUCUCCGCUUCCCGCGAAGACGGCGGGGUUUGCACCGUCGGAAGACGACGGCGGGGCGGCCGGCGGCGGCGGUGGCAGCAGCAGCCUCAUUGGCGUGGCGGACUGGAUUCCCCCCCCGGGUCACCGCACGAUACCCUCGCCGGCCCGGGCGGCGGAGCUAGAAGCGGAGGUUGCGUUCCUGACCCGGCAGCUGUCGGUGCGGCAGUCCCUAGAGGAGAGGCUCAAGGGGUCGGAGUCGGAUAAGGCCAGGCUCAUCACUAAGCUUGCUACGGCACAGGCGGAUGCCGCUCGACGAGCCGAGUCUCUGGAAGUCAUUCUUCAGGAAACGAGCGAGAAACUCGCCGCUGCGGAGCAGCAGGUCGUCACCACCCAGAAACUCCUGGCCGACGCCGAGGAGCGGGCGAGGACCGCCCAGCGAGAUCUCAGGCUCUCCCGCGAGGCCCUCCGCCUGCUGGUGGGGAGGACGCAGGAGAUGGGCGUGAGGUUCGCGCUGGACACGCUCAAGUACUCGGAGGACGAGGAGGUUGCGGUGUUCAUGCUCCACCUUGUGCAGGGACUGAGACACGAGGCCCAGUCGUCGACCAACCCGCGAGGAGGACAAGGGCCAUCAUCCAAAGCUCCCGGUCGCGCUGGUUCUUUCUUUGUCGAGAGCGGCGGUCCCGCCCCCUCCAGCGGUCCGGGCGAGAACACGUCGAGCCUUGCCCGCGUCCUGUUCAAGUCGACCACAUCGAAUAACACGUCUUCCGGCGGGAAGCCGCAGCAACAGGGGGGCGGCAGCAGCAAGGGAAAGGGCGAGGGCGGGGAGCUUUCGCAGCUGGCGGUUCUGCUGAUCAGCCGGGCGUGCGAGAACGAAGUGGUGGCUAACUUCCUCUUCUGGUACCUCAAGCUAGAGGCUGAGGGAGAUGCCACGCUGCGACCGAUGUACUCGAGGGUGCGGAAGGCGCUGAUGGAAAGCCUGGCGAGGAAAAACGCACCCUUUGCGGGGGCUCUAAAGGCGGCGGAGGCUUACGUGCAGGCCAUAUCGGCGGCCCACAAGAUGGUGAAGAAGAAGGGGGGGAGGGCUCCCGCUAAGACGGCGAGGCUUAAGGGGAUUCUCGCGGAGAGACGACUGCACGUCGUGCCGAGCCUCGGCGAGACCGCUGUGGUUCCGCUGCCGCUGGAUCCGCACACAACCGUUUUGGGACUUAGACCUUCGACGGCGUACACGUUCCCGUCAGCGAUGAGCCCGUGCGUCGUGGAGUUUGUGCUGAGCGACUCCGUGGGCCCGGGCUUCAAGGGGGAUGAUCUGCUGCUAGAGCCGUGCGACGAGAAGCCUAGGAUGGUGACCGACAUCAGCGAAGCCGACCUGAAGUCUUGGAGCGGCGCCGGCCCCUUGCCGAGAGUACGAUCCAGCUCGGUCGGGGCGAUACUCCACGUCGAGUCUGCCGUUGUCGAGGCGUGGGAGGAGGAGGAGAGCCCGGCACCUACGGAAGAGUCGUCCGCACACACCGCACAGACGGCCGCCCUUGAAGACGACCGAGAUAACGAUGAGGGGGGGGGAGACAACGAUGACGAGGACGAAUCGUUCCUGGACAGACGACGUAUCAGCGCCGACGCGGGUUCGUUCAACUCGCUGGAGGAAACCAACUCCGAGACCUCCCCUGCGGUCAAGCGGUUUCGUGAUCUCAGCGAGGCCGCCGUGGAUGCAGAGGACGUCGACGGUGACGCUGUCAAGCUCAGGUUCAAGACCACCAAUCCCUCCCCACAAGGCGGCAAGAGGAACAGGGGCAAGAAGGGUGGUGGCAGCGGCGCGCCAUUGUCGAGGGCAGAGAGCGAGCGGUCAACUCUCGCGCGACAGGCCUCCGGCGAUCUCACCAAGCUGCGGUUAUGGGAGCAGAUGCAGGUGUUGGGGGCGGCAAGUCAGGACAGGGGGAGCUACCUAGCCAUCUUCAAGGCAAGUCCUAACGGGGAAGACGUGCGGCAGGACCAGCUGGCGGUGCACAUGGUGUCUCUCAUGGACAGGCAGCUCAAGGAGGCCGGCCUCGACCUCAAGCUCAAGUCUUAUCGGGUGCUGGCGACAAGCUUGACAACCGGGAUGAUCGAGUUCGUCCCUGGCUCGGUUCCCAUGUCCGCCGUGCUCGCCACGCACAACAACAGCGUGCUGGACUUUUUGCGGCACCACAACGCGGACCCCGGCGGGCCCCUGGGCAUGAAGCGCGAGGCGCUCGACAACUUCACCAGAAGCUGCGCCGGCAGCUGCGUGGUGACGUACCUCCUCGGCGUGGGAGACCGUCACCUGGACAACCUCAUGCUGCUGCCGGAGGGGGUGUUGUUUCACAUCGACUUCGGGUACUUGUUCGGCAAGGACCCGAAGCUCAUGCCACCCCCCUUCCGGUUAACGAAGGAGAUGGUGGAGGCCAUGGGGGGAACCGAGGCGCCGCACUACACCGUGUUCAAGUCGCUCUGCUGUCAGGCAUACCGACAUCUCCGCAAGUCUGCGCACCAGUACCUGAACCUGCUGUCUCUCAUGUCGGGGGCGGGCAUCAAAGACCUUUCGGACGACCCUGCGGCGGUGCUGCAGCUGGUGCAAGACCGGUUCAAGCUGGACCUCACGGACGAGCAGGCCGACGCGCACUUCCUCUCGCUCGUGUCGCAGAGCAUGACCGCCCUGGCGCCGAGGGUGCUGGAGGUCAUGCACCAGAUCAGAGUCGCCGCAAGAUAACCUUUAUGCCAGCCCCCUAUUAAUAGUUCAUCCGCCCUCUAAAGACCCAGGUGUCAGUUGGAGGUAGCGGCAGUUUGUUUACGUCAUAGUUCUUGUGUGUCAGUUCCCGUGAGAGAUAAGAGAGAAAUAAGCUUUUAGUAGCCUUCGUAGAAGCCGUACCUGUAAGUGGUGAGAGGAGUUUUUGCCCGUGCGCGGGGGAGGGCAUUCCAGGCCCCAACCCGUCGCACCCAACGGACGAGUGGUGCACUACCCCUUCCCUCCCAUCGACUGCUGUUGUCGGACUCCGUACAACAGUUUUUAGUGUACGUCGGCUGGAUGUGCCGUCCUCAAGAGGAAUGGGGCGACGGGUCCGGUCAUGCUGAUUGUCGGCUGGGUUGUGGGUUCGUUUUUUUUCCUCGUGUAGCGGAGGGCUGUGCGUGCGUGCGUGCGUGUUGCGACACGCGAAGAUCAGUCGGCCUCUCUGACGCCUACAGGGGGGCCGCCGAGAAGGAGCGGGGGGGUUGAUUUGAGGCCCCGGGCGAUUCCUGGGUUCUGCGAAAGUUUUGAGGGGAAGACGGAUGGAUGAAGCGUUGGGCUGGCUGUCUUUUGGCCAUCUGCUUCCUAGUCGAGAGCUGCGUCUCGCCGGUGGUUUCGUGUCACCUAGACUAGAGGGCGUUUUGUUUUCGUUGUUGGCGGUUGAAGGAAGGAUUGUGUGGAAGUUAUGGCAACGCGGGGAGCGAUUCUUGUGUACCGUUAAGUCGUGGAGAUGUGUAGUGCUGAUGCAGCAGAGUGGCAGAGCAGGGGGAGGGGGGGGGGGGGGGUACUUUUAGUCGUGAGUACACCCCCCCCGGCAGGAGAAUGCUUUUGACGUCCAGCAGUGAGUUGCUUGGCUCAGUUUUUGACGCGCGGUCCUGUUGUUGUAUGGGAAAGUAAGUGUGGGUGAACGGACGUGCGCAUUUGUGUGUUGGAUGGGUGUCAACGUCGUUGUGUUUUUGCCGCAGCCAACCACUACCGUCUGCCUUGACGUAUUCUGUCGAUUUGUUAUCAUUUGGCUUUAGAGGUAAACGAUACUACGAUGCCUAGGGUCGUUGACGACGUCAUUGCAGAGAUGUGUUCGCAAGACUUUUUUUCUCCGGUUUUCGGUGUACCUGCGUAAUACAGAAGGUAAGGCGCACCGACUUUUGUAAGACUUAAAUCACAGUCCGCCGUUUGAUGUCUGCAGCUGAAAGCUCGUCAUGCAGGUGUUCCCUGUGAACCAACCCGUUAGUGUAUGUGUGUGUGUGUGUUUCGACUCGUCCGUCGUUUCUCCCGUAUUUUAUGUGUGUGUCCAGCAUCGACAGACAGCAGAACUGUCGUAGUUGUACGGUGGGUGUGCGAGCGGGCGGGACGCUUUCGUUUGGCACCCCGUUGUUUACCGCAUCCUCACCCAUAUCCAUCUCCGUAGAUAGACCGGCAAAGUACACAAACUAACGCGUGCGCGCUGUAGCCAUCGGUUUUUCGGGGUACAAGUAAAUCAAGUGUUUCCCUACCAAAGACUUCCAAAAGACUAAUGCUCGCUCCCGCAGUGUCUCUUUUUCUUGCUUGCGGGCGUUUUCACUAGCUACCCCCGUCUUCGACUGAGUGGGUGUAAGCUCGUUACCGUCCGUGAACGAGCUGCGGGCGAGGUGCAAUGGGCGCGCUUUUUUUCCUUGUCAGUCAACGUUUCGAGGGAUCGGGAUAAAACCUUGUUUGUUUUCGGCCGAGUGAGUCUUGUCGAUCAAACCUCAAACCAUCAUCUGUGAACCUGUCGGCUUUCCACUCGGAGGAAGCACGCCCGAUAGUUGAGCUGCGGCGGCAAAGGCGGCUUUUUCGCCGUUUUUUUCUCGACCAUCCCCCGUUCUUCGAAGAACGCUUAUCACCUGACCCCCGCCGUCCACACAACUUGUUUGCCAGAGAGAGAAUCAAAAGGUGCCCGCAGUUUUCUGAUGGGCCAAUUUUUCCAAACGAAAUUUGUUUGGCCUUAAAAUUCCUCGUCUAAUAACCCUGGUUUGUUACAAACAAAAAACAAGUAGUGCAACAAACAAGCGUCGGGAGGUUUCAGACAGCCCCCCUUUCCCCCCAUACCAUAACGCCUGCACACAGGAUCGCGUGUACAGACGUCACGAACGACAUGCUCUUGAUCUCAACACUGCCACUCUUCUCCGUACACUCUCCGGGAAGCCGAUGAUGAUAGAUGGGCUCUCUCAAUUUCACCGUUCCACAGAAGUAAAAAAUUGUGUGUAGCCACAUUCUGUCGGUAGCUCCGAAUCACGUGAUUUAUUUUUGCCGACACCGACACCAUCGCAUUCCUGCAUGCAUAAACAUCUACUUUAUUGUACAGUGAACCCGCCGUAGAUGACACGUCAUGUCGACCAGGGAUUUUUGGUCAAUCUGAAAACAAUCUCCUAAA